CCGAACCUUCUUUGUAUUGUAUCGGGCCUGUGUGUGCGAGGGAAAAUCUGCUGCUCGUUUCUCCAUCCUCCCACAUCAUCCAUGCUCGCCUCCAGGUCCCAAGUUCCAGGGUGACACUUUUGCACACCGUACCUUUCGCGCACAUGCAGCCGCAGCUCCAGUCAUUCUACUCUUCUCUCUCUACCUAAACCGAAAAAAGUUGUUGGGCUACCCAACCCAUACCGCACUCCGCAACCAAACCACGGUCCACGCAGCUGAAGCAAGGACAGCUUUGCUUAUUCUCCCCUGUCCGGCUUCGUACACCGUCCUCCGUCCAGACUCCUUUACCGCCGCACCGCAUUGCAGCCCGCAAGCCGCCGCCGCGUACCUACUUCUACGUGCUCCUUCCCCCCUCUUCACCUUCUUUCCUCCCUCCUCCCCUUUCCUACUCCCCCAUGAACACAUUCCGCCCCGUCGUUGGCAGAAUUGGGAGUAGCUUGACUGGAGGAAUAACCAAACUACACACACCAAUGUUGCGAAGAUACGCCCUCGGCUUCUCAGCGGGCGCUGCCAGACCCCUCGGAACCAUGUCGUCCGCCACCCCCGUCGAGGAUGCCAUCCGGUCUAAGGUGACCGCCGCCUUCUCCCCCACAACCCUCGAAAUCUACAACGACUCCCACCUCCACAGCCACCACAAGGCCAUGGCCGGCAGCACCUCCAAGGAAACCCAUUUCAGACUCGUUAUCACCUCCGAGGCCUUCAAGUCUAAGAUGCAGUCCGCCCGCCACCGCAUGGUCUACGCCCUCCUCCGUGAGGAAAUGGCCCGCGAGGGCGGCAUCCACGCCCUUCAGCUCAAGACCCUUACUCCCGAGGAGGAGGAGCGACAAAAGGCCAAGAAGGCCGCCGAGGCCCAGUCCUCCGAGGACUCGGCUUGAAACCUACCAAUAAAAUACCACACAACCGAUAUACCCAACAAACCGCCUUGAGAGGGAAUGUAACACUCCCUGAGGGCAUUACGACACGAGAGAUACGACCUUUUCCACCAGGAAAGAAAGACAUGACGGUAUACUAGGAAACCAACAGGGCAACUUACGGGAUCACUUGAGAGAGGAAGGGUGUUUAGGUCAUAGUAACGGAGUCGGGCCAUGCUUUUGCUGCUGCGACACGGAAAACCAAUCCUUAUCAUCUUCGGAUCCAUCUUCACAUCUUAUUGACGACUCGGAUACGACGUAGAGCCAUAUUAAAAAAUGGCAACAUGUUUUCUUAGGGAACAUUAGAUACCUUCAAAGACUCUCCAGAGAGCCGGCCAUGGAAAAAAACGCACAACUAGAUCCAGUCUUGUUAGAUACAAAUCGAUUGCUUGCGCAAUUUGAAACUUCGUUCCUUAUUUUCAGUUUCCGUUGUGAAAUGUAAGCCUCGGCUGCGGCAGUGCAAUAUAUUUCGGCGCAGCCUUUUUGUAUCACGAGUUCACCGUAGCAUUAGCGUCACACAGUGCAUUCCCACUUGCAGCGUAACGCACUGAAUAUCGAUCCGUUCUUGGCACGGAAAUAGGGGUAUCAUACAUAAUUUUUCAAAACGCAUCCUCCACCAGCCUAGCGCGGGCGACUUUCUGGACGGCCUACGGCACAGCAGUCUUUCCCAGUUGCAACGUAACGGAUAUAACAGGCCUCGUCCAUGCCCUCUCUGCACCUUGUCACUAUUCCACU